UGUAAAACAACCAUACUCCUUUCUUAUUUAUGUGUUAAUUUCUAUUAAAAUGCUGUUUAGAAGAACUAAAUGGAGCCUAUAAGGUAAGAACACUUGACCUUCAGAAUGGUGCUGACAAAGAACAAUUGUAAUCGAUUCACCAAAUUAAGAACUAGAAGCUAUAAGGGCCACUAAAUCAAAAAAACUAGUAGGCAUUUGGACAGGAGUCGAACACAGUGACAGAGGUAAAACACAAGAAAUUGAGAGUUACGAGGAAAUCUGUCCUAAAUGUAAAGUUAGCAUUAAUUUAUAGGAUUCCUGCUCUGAAUAGCGUCUCAAAGAGCAGCAUUGUAAUAUUAUAUGCACAUACAGAACUGAUAUAACUGAAGAACUUCCAGAAGGAACAGUGUAGGAAUCACAGAAGACAGUAGAGUAGUAAGACAGUCUUAUAUUGUUAGAUUAACAUUAUCAGCAAAGAACUGAUAUAACGACAGAAUGCCAUAAGAAUAAGAUUUGAUUUGAUAUUCUUAAUAAGUAUAUAUAUCACCAACCUGGAGGGACAAUUUACAUGAUUUAGGACUGACAAAAUUAAUACACGUGUGCAGAAAUCUACCUUGGCUCUCACAUUGCUAGCUUAACACACAUCAUAUUACUGUAGAUAUACCUUCUACAGUUAGAAAUUUGAAUCUGAAUCUUUAUUUUUAGAACAUGUACUUAAUAAAACACUAAAGAGAGAGAGAGAGAACAUCAAAAUAUCUGAUAAUUGCUGAACGCUGUCAACGCUAUCACUAUUCAAAUAGAAUUCACUGUCAGCUAUUUUUAAGUGAAGGAGGAGUCUAUUUAAAAUACAAUGAUUUAAAGGAGCCAAAAACUGAACUCAAAAUAUGAUGGAUUUUCUGAACAUUUUUGAAAUGAGUUACAACAAAAAUAUGGAUUAUCACAAAAUGAUAUUCUACGAGAAAAAAAACAUUAAUGCAAUCAGAUUCAUAUCUUUAUCAGAAGCAAGAGCCUUUAAGGAACUUUAAUAUGGAUAGAUAGGAACAAACAUACUGUACGAAAAAGAUGUCCCUUUAAAUAAUAGGGAUUGGUUUAGAUUAAUAUUCAAAACACGUAACUUUCAGAAACAGGACCUUUGACAGACAAUAAAGGAGUAAUAAAAUAUUGAAAUGGACCAAACAACAGACAUAAAUAUGAGUUUAAAUGAUGUCAACAUGACAUCAAAUGAUGUCAACCUGACAUCAAAUGCCACAACAUAUCCAAAGGAGGCAUUACCCAUAACUCUCUUCAGUAUAUACUUUCCGGCUAUAAUUGGAGUAUUUGGAAUUGUGGGAAAUAUGUUAUCGUUCACUAUUUUGUCACGCGAACGAGACUCGUCAACAUCUUAUCUACUCCGAUGUCUGGCUGUUUGCGAUACAAUUUUUCUGGUAACUGCUAUGCAGAUUCAAGUAAUAUUCUCACUCAUGAUGACAUAUGGUAACCAAGAGGUUGCCAUCAACAUGGCAAAAAUGGUGAACGUUCCAUUUAUUUGGCCCGUUGCCAUGGCUGCCCAGAUGUCGAGUGUUUGGCUCACAGUUUUUAUUUCAUUUGAUCGUUAUUAUGCAGUUUGUAAUCCAUUUAGAGCUAAAAGUGUAUGUACAGUAAAAACUGCUCGGAUAGCCUGCAUUUGCAUUACAAUAGGAUGUAUGCUGUACAAUAUUCCUAGGUUUUUUGAAUAUCUUCAGGUUAACAAAGAUGGACUGGCGGAAUAUACAUCUCCCGAAAAAUCAAUCGUUGGAGCAAACGAAGUAUACCGAUACUUAUACUGUGGCAUAUUGUACUUUCUUUUAUUGUUUUGUAUUCCCCUGAUGCUUCUCCUGAUUUUGAAUAUACGCAUAAUAUUGGCCUUAAACAAAGAAACGCAACUAAUGCCAUCGAUGUCUACAACACAAAUGAGGGAACGAAAAGUCACGAAAAUAUGCCUCUGUAUCGUUCUAGUAUUCUUCCUAUGUGGGACAUUAUCACCAGUUACGAACUUUCAAGA